UGACUUUGUUUUGAACUUCGUCGGACUCGUUUUGUGUUUUGGCUUCGUCGGGCUAAAUUUGUGCGUGAUUUAAAAAUAGGUUCUCCCGAAAAAGCAGGAAACAAGUUGUUUGAAAACAAUUCCCGACUCUAUCGCGUUUGUUUGUUGAUUCGUGUCCGCGUGUGUUUGUUUGUGUGCUGAUUUCUCCAGCAAAUUCAUCAAGUGCUUUACCCCUUCUCACCAGAGCACCCCAGCCUAGAGACCUGCUGAAUCGAGUUGAACAGCCAAGACUCGAGUUCAGUUCAGUUUCAAUCUUUGUUCGGUACGGACAACACGUGUUUCAAUUACGGUUCGCGUAACUUUGCAGAAGAGUUAUACAAAGUGUCAUUAGUUGAAGAAACGUGCAGUGAGUGUGGCAAAUUUCGACAAGUUUCGGGGCUAUCGAUCCCAAUCACCAUCAUAGUGGCACGUGCGUUUUUCCUUAUUGUUGUUCCACCAUCGAACAGUAACACAUUUGACUGAGACAGACAGGGAAAGUGCUGCACCGCCUCUCCUCCUAACCAGGUACCGCCCUCCCUUCACCCUGAGUCGUCGUUGAACCCAGCCAGCCGCAAAACGACUCAAAACAGAGGAAAAAGUAAAACCACCACCCAGUGAAAAACCAUGCCAGCUGAUGCAUUUUCAAGAAUGGAUUCGUCCGGAUCAGCCGGAUCGUCCAGCGAGGCCAAGGACAUCCCGGCCAGCGUGGAAGCGGCCCUGCUGAGGGCCCGAACCGAGAGCGAGAGCUCGGACAAAUCCGGUCCCACCCGGUUCGUCCUGCCCGGCACCUCGGGCAGCCCGCCCAAGAUCCUCACCCUGGAGGAGGUCCAGGACGCGGUCAAGAACAUCGAGAACAUGACGCUGGCGCACGAAAUCGCCGUCAACAGUGACUUCAAGCUGCAGCCGUACGAACCGCCGGAGAACUCGGUCGAGCGGAUCAUCAAGGACACGAUGCACAAGGCGUUCUGGGACGUGCUGCGGGAACAGCUCGGGCGCGACCCGCCCUGCUACGACAUGGCGAUCCAGCUGCUGGCUGACAUCAAGGACGCGUUCCAGAGCAUUUUAAGCAAGAACAACGAACGGGCGCUGGCACGGAUCAACGAGAUUCUGGACGAGCAGGUGGUGCGGCAGCAGGCGGAACAGGGCGUGCUGGAUUUUCAGGCGUACGCCAAGUUUGUGAUUCACAUAAUGGCGCUGUCGUGCGCUCCCGUUCGGGACGAGCAGAUCGGCAAGCUGAAGGACAUUACGGACGUGGUGGAGCUGUUCCGGGGGAUUUUGGAGGCGCUGUCGGUGAUGAAGCUGGACAUGGCAAACUGUCUGCUGGACGCGGCCCGGAACGAAGUGAUUGCCAACUCGGUCGAGUACGAGAAGCAAAAGUUUAAGCAGUUUUUGGAACUGUACAAGGACGGGUUUCCCGAGACGGAAAAGUGGCUCAAGCGGAACAAGAUGCCGGAGGUGGCGGCUGGAGGAAGUGGCACGGUUGAAGGCGCCACCGACCAGCGUCGCGCCAAGGACACUAUCUUCAACGCUUAUCUGGAGCUGAUCGACUGGAAUACGGAGAACGAGUUCCCGGAAAUGCUCGAGAUGGACCGGGAUCGCGUGAUCGGCCUGCAGGGUCGUGCCUCCCGUCUCUGCACCUGCGCCGCCACUCUUGCCAUCACAUGUGCCGCCGUUCCGACGAUCGCUCAGUCUGUCGAGUUGCGUAAAAGUCUCGCCUCCGAGCUGAUCAUCCUGGUGCAGAACUGCAACAACACUAAGGAUUUGGACGACAUCAUCGAGAACAUCUGGCUGCACGUGCGCUCCGUCAUCCAGAACCGACUCACCGAUCUCGGACAGCCCAAGAUGGACGAAGCGCUCGAGAGUACGCUGAAGACGCAGAUUCUCCAAAUCGCCAAGAAGGAAUCGCCCGUGCGGAACCUGCUCUGGAAGCGGCUGCUCGCCUUCAUCCAGCUGGUGCUGCGGACCAACAAUCCCAUUCCGGUGCCGCCCGGCUUCCAGGAGUUUGCCGACGACAUGGAAGCCCUGGCGGCGGCCUUCAAGCGAAUUUCCUACUACAACUACGCCGUGUACGGAGAGUACUACCACGAGAUCCUAAACAAGGCCUAAUUUGUUUUCCGUUCGUGUGUGAGUGUGUAGUACUUAGUUCGUCUUUCAUUGUGAAAUAUAGAUAUCUUUAUAUUUUUCGUUAAAAACUAUUCUAACAAAUACGAACCGGAGAAAGAGUUCAUUAGUUUAGAAGAACCAUCCCUAAUUGAAAGAGAAAGAGCGCGCGGUAUUUGAAAUGUGAUAGAACAGGAUCGAAAGGAUGAACUAGUCAGGCGUGUAGAGAGUUCACUGUUUACUCACCCCUACAUAAAUAUCUCUAUCCACUGACGCAAAACCCAUAAUCAAUAUUAUUACAGAGUUUUACACCCGCAUGUAAAAGUCACUAACAACACAUUUUUUGGUCGUAUUUUAUUUUUAUUUGUGUACCAAGUGAGCGCUGCCUCUUUGCGAAAACAGUGUAAUCAAUCGUACUACUAUUGUUCGCGAAACUAAAACAUUUAAGACUUAUCUUGGCGCGGAAAAUACGCGCUUGCGCGCAUUGUGUAUACAUUAUUCGUGUAGAAAUAAAUAAAUAAAUAAAUAAAUAAAUAUAAAGUUUUACGAAACAUUUAUUCGAA